AUUUCAUUCUCUAGCAUGUUUGAAUCUUGAUGGUUGAGUUCUAAACCAGGAGUUUUGAUUGACACGGGAAGGCGUUUAGUCCACCGGUACUAGCUGCGGAGAAGAUGGUUAAUUUCGGGGAGAUACUGACCGAAAUCGGGGAUUUUGGAACUUUUCAGGUGCGGCUCCUUCUGGCAAUAUGCAUACCCAACUUCUUCACCGCUUUCCACAUGUUCUCCCAGGUGUUCACCGGUCUCCCGUUCAGUCACCACUGCAAUACAGAUUGGAUCUUGAAAGUGGGGCCCAAUUUGACGCACGACCAAAUAAUGAACCUGACAAUCCCCGUGGACGACACAGGACACUAUUCCAGCUGCUCAAUGUUUACACCUGUGGACCUGGACUUGGAGACUAUUGAAGCAUACGGGCUGAACGACACGACCCAAUGCACUGAUGGAUGGUACUUUGACGCUCCUCAAGGAAGCACAUCAAUAAUACAAGAGUUCAGCUUGGUCUGUGACAAUGCCCCAAUCAACGAGGCUUCUCAGUCCAUUUAUAUGUCUGGACUCCUGAUUGGUGCUUUGAUCCUUGGACCAAUGGCGGACAAAUAUGGACGGCGAUUUGUCUUGCUGCUGUCCCUGCUGCUUGAGUUGCUGUUUGGAGUGGCAGUGGCCUUUUCCCCAAACAUAUAUGUUUACAUCGCCUUACGAUUCGUCGUCGGCAUUGCAGUCUCAGGGAUAGUGAUGAACGCCUUUGUCUUAGGUGCAGAGUGGUGUGGCACGUCAAAGCGAGCCCUCUUCACCAUCGUGACCCACAGCUGCUUCGCCGUGGGCCAAAUGCUGCUCUCGGGCAUCUCCUUCGCCAUCAGAGACUGGAGGCUGCUGCAGUUGGUGCUCUCCGCACCGCUCGUGCUGCUGGGGGUGCACUACUGGCUUCUUCCAGAAUCGGCUCGUUGGCUUCUUACGCAGGGACGACAAGAUGAGGCUCGGAAGGAGAUUCAGAAAGUUGCACGGGUCAACAAAAGGGACGUUCCAGAAAAACUGCUAGAUCAGCUAGAGGCCGAUAGCACAACGGAAACUGGCACGAUAUUGGACCUCUUCAGAGUUGCCUACCUGAGAAAAAGGGCCCUCAUCAUGUGCUAUAUCUGGUUUGUCACCAGCCUGGUGUACUACGGUGUGAGCCUGAACGUUGGGAGCUUUGGCCUGGACAUCUACCUCACCCAGCUGAUAUUUGGCAUGGCUGAGAUUCCCUCUCGCCUUGGUUGCUUACCCCUCAUCGAGCGCUUUGGCAGGCGCAUCUGCCUCAGCAUAGCCCUGUUCAUCAGUGGAGCUGCCUGCCUCGUCGUGCCUGCCAUACCAGAGGCGAUACCUGUGGCGUUGACAGUGAUCGCUGUGCUAGGGAAGUUCUUCUCUGCAGCUGCUUUUAUGAUUGUGUAUACCUACACCGCUGAGCUCUACCCCACAGUCAUGAGGCAGAGUGGUGUGGGCAUAAACUCCAUGUUUGCACGGGUGGGGGGGAUCCUGGCCCCCCUGAUCUGGCUCCUGAAGGUGUACCACAGGGCUGUCCCCAUGGUCAUCUAUGGUUCCUUGCCCUUCCUUGGGGGGGCGCUCUGCUUCCUCCUGCCCGAGACCCUCAACACGGAGCUGCAGGAUCACGCAGAACCAGAGAAGGAACAUCUGUCAGUAGAAAACCCUGCACACUCCACGCCCUCCCCAGAGAAAGAGUAACAUUUGUGCUUGGGAUGAUUUGUGGCAUUAACUUUUGUGGUUGGAAUAUUAUUUGCACUGCGUUGAUGAGCUGAAUAUCGAAUAUCUGUGAGCCCACUAACACUCAUCCUCAAAGCAAAAGGAACAGUUUGGAUAUUUACAUAUCACGGUUUACAUUCCAUUUGGCACUUUGGCACCCAGAUUGUUACUUGGCAAUGGAAGAUUACCCGGAUUAUUGCUUGCAUUGCUUCGUCGCAAAAUGACUUUUUUUUUUACUUUUGCAUGUUAUUAUUGGAAAUGACUGUUCAGGCGGCCUUUCAUCUACAAGUAUGCAUGAAUUCCUGCCAUUAUGAUAAAAUGCAUUUGGCAAAGCAAUUCAAUGCAAUGCCCCAAUACAAAAAUGUAAAUUACCUGAAAAAAAUCCAAAAAAUUUUUCAUUUUGCAACGAAGCUCUUCAGUUGUUGUGUUGUUCUGAAUAUCUGUCCAUACACCAGUGGUUCUCAAACUGGGGACCAGGACCCCUAGGAGGUACUGAAGGGGUCACGGACAAAAGGGACAUUGCAUGAAAAUGGGAAAAACGCAGGUUAACAGCCAACCGCUAAUAGAUGUAUUUGCUGUCCUGCGGAUUUCUAGCAAUAUUAGUGGACAAACUAUUAAUGGAAAGUCUAGCAAUAUUAAUGGACAAAAAAUUACCUAAAUUGCUAGAAAUCCAUUGCUAGGCCAAGACUGAUGGUGUGUGGGGUGGUGGUGAAAAUAUUCUUAAAUCCAAAAGGGUCCUUGCUGAAAAGGUGUAUGAACCACUGCCAUACACCAACUCCCUGUCCUCACAGUAAUAUUACACUUGCGAUAAUGGUUUGCACUUGUUUUGUCCUUCUGAAUACAGUAUCUGUCUGGACACCAAAUCACAGCAAUACUAACAUUUUGAAUGAUGAUUCAUAGACGUUUGCUGUCCACCGACAUUGGCACUAACUUUGCUACUCAGUUUUAUUUGGGAUUUUUCCGUUGUUCUGAAAAACUGUCAACACACCGAUACUCAUCCUAGCAGCUACAGUAAUAUUUGUGAUAAUGGAUAACAAUGGAUUUACUUCCCAAUUUUCACUUUUACAUUCAAAAUAUUAUUUGCACGCCUGCUCUGUUGUUGUGAAGGUCUGUCCGUACACCAAUAUAGUAUAGUAAUAUUAUAGUAAAUUUAGUAAACUCCCAUUGGCACUAAGACCAUUAUUGAUCUGAAUAUCCAUCAGUACAGCAACACUCAUCCCCCAACAGUAACAUUUGUCAUGAUGAUUUUUUAAAUUAUAUAAU